AUAUGGAAGUAUGAGCGUUUCUUAGGCGUAAACUUGCAUAUUACCAUUAAUAUUUCUUAUUCAAUUGUCUUGAACUAGGGUUAUUUAAACUUUAACCACAGAAGGCUAUAAUGUAAUUUGUAAUUACAACUCGAAUAUAGGCUACAACAAAGACGAUUUGUGUAAAAUGUUACAAUACAUAAUAAGCCUAAAUUUAGUGUGCCAAGCAACGUUCAUGUUGUAAAUUUUUAUCUACCUUUAAUCCACUAUAAACCCGAAAAGUACUCACAGACAUAGUAGCAUUUGCAACCCAAAAUGUCAGUUUAGAAAAAACCGUUUUAACAAGUCGUAUUUUUACUUCAACACUUCUGGCUAUGUAUUCGUUUGCGGAAUAGUAGGGACUUUACCCCCCUUCAUAAAUGAAACUGAAAGUAAAUGAAAGCGAAAUACAAGGAGGUAGAUAAAAAAGAAGAGAUGCUGCUGUUCGUGUUCCUGGCUGCUUUGGCGCCUCUGGCUUGUGAUGCUGAGUCCUUUUCGGUUCAGGUUCCCCCCGACCCGAUCUCGGCCCGGGCGGGAAGCACGGUCACCCUGCCCUGCUGGCUGGCCCGUGCCAUCAGCGCCGAGCCCAUGGAGGUCCGCUGGCACCGGUCGCCGUCCUUCAAAACAACGGCCCUUCACUACAUGGGGGGCCGGCUGCAGGACAGCUCCCAGGACCCCCGCUUCAGAGGGCGGGCGUCUUUUGGGUCGAGGGGCCCCGAGGCCGGAGGGCUGAAGGGGGGAGACGUGUCUCUCAGGCUGGAGAACGUCACGCUGGAGGACGAGGGAGAGUUUCAGUGCUACGUGAGCACUGACCAGCACUACGAGGCAGUGCGGGUCAUUCUCAAUGUGACGGUGACUGGCACACCUCCCGUGUUAUCCGUGCGCCAGGCUAACGACAGUCUCGUGAACGUCAGCUGUGCGUCGUCUGGCUGGCACCCUCGGCCCAAUCUUACCUGGUCUGACAGUCAGGGGAGGUCUGGCCUGUCUCCCGGUGCCAUGCUGUACGGUCCUGCAGAGCAGGGCGUGGUCUCAGUCUUCAGCUGGAUCCUCACCCCAGCCUCUGAUGCAGCCUGGCUGUCCUGCUCAGUGUUCCUCCCUGGGGAGGAAGAGAGAGAGGGAAGGGUGGCUUUGCUCACGUCAAGAGCUGGUGAUCAGUCAGGUCAGUGGAAGGCGGCCUUCAUUGCAUUGCUCAUCCUUGGAUUGCUCGCCAUGGCCAUCGCCGCUUUUCUCUUCGUAAGAAAGAGAAGAACAGAUAGCAAAGAGUCAGUAGAGAUCCCAGAGAGCGUUCCACUUCUACAAACAGACUCAGGCCUUUUCUCUUUUAUCAAAAACAAAAGUUUGCCAAACGUAAUUGAUCUUGAUGAAGCAGCUAAUGAAAAAGUGGAUAUCACACUGGAUGAAGACACGGCUCAUGAAAAUCUGAUGCUCCAUAAGGAUUGUAAAAGGGUAAGAGAUAAAGACGAGUCACAAGGAAGAGACCCCAGUAAAAACAGGUUCACUCACCACUUGUUUGUCCUGGGGAAAGAGGGCUUUACCUCAGGACGGGCUUACUGGCAGGUAGGGCUGUGGAACAAGGCGGUGGGGCUGAAAAUGUUCUGGUCUGUGGGUGUGGUCAGUGAGUCAGCUAAGAGGGAUUGUGAAGAUCUCACCCCUAGUGAAGGCUACUUAGUCUUCUCCUCAGAUAAAGAUAAUGGACUCAGUGUGAACACCGUACCUGUAACCAGACUCUCUGAGAAACUGAGACCUCAAACUUUGGGAGUGUUUUUAGAUUAUGACAAUAAUAUGAUCUCCUUUUACAAUGUGGAAGAAAAAAGACAUAUUUUGACUUUCUGUGUUGCAUUCCAAGAGAAAGUUUACCCACUCUUUGGUCCAGGAAAGGGUGAUUUAACACCACUAGUUAUUCAGCCUAUUUCUGAUGUAAAGCAAGAAUCAAACGUGAAUACUGCGGAAAAUUCAAAUGGCAAGAGUCAAUCCGUAACCCUCCCUACUGUCCCCUCUCAAUCCUCAAAUACUGACAAAGCGUCAGGCUGCAGCCCAGAACCCCCAAUAUCCGUCCAAGAAUCAAACGUGAAUACUGCGGAAAAUUCAAUUGACAAGAUUCAAUCCUUACCCCUCCCUCCUGACCCCUCUCAAUCCUCAAGUUCUGACAACUCAGGUCUUGAGACCACAGCCCAAAAUGAACAAUUUACGACCCAAUAAAAUGUAAAUUUUGAAUAAAAGAACUGGGCAGCUGGAUCAUACCAUGACUUGCAUACUAUUGGCAUUUGGCCUUGUCACAAGAGACUUGCUUACUACACUUUAUUUUCUGUUAAAACUGGUUUAAACUGAGGUUAGUUCAGUAGUAAAGCUCAAAUAUCUCUUACUGUUUGUGGUACUUAUGUAGAUCUCACACCUUCUGUUAUUUGCAAUGUGUUUGGAGUGUCCAGGUGUGGCCCACUGGUGCGAGAGGGGUCUCUCCAACUUUUUCAGAUAUUCUUGAUGCGGGAACUUGUUUCCCCUAAAUAUCUGUUGAGAAAUGCAUUUAAAAAGUAUUUUGCUGUGCGCAAGAAAUUACUGUAAUUUUAUUUUCAUUAAAAGUUCUCCAGAAAAAUAAGAUUUUAGACGGACCCAAUGCAGUCACAGAAUAAAAGGUGUAUUUCCAUUUUUCAAACUUUUCUGUAGUAACAUGAUAGUAACAAGGCUUACCAACAAAGCAAAACAGAAAAAGUGUUCUGAAUAUCAUUAGUGAAAAUUAGUGAAUUUUCCAAAUUUGCAUUUGGACACUACUCGGGGACGACCACAAGCCAGGUUCUGUUAACUAACGACAAGGUUCUGUGUAAAUACCAAAAGAAUUGAGACACGAUGAGAAACCUUUUAUUUUUGUCUAGAUCGCUGUUCACAUUACGCUGUACUCCCAUGCAUCUUAAGUGGCAUUUACAUCUAAAACAAAAAGUUAUCAAAAAAUGUUAAAAAAUAAUAAUUUUUACGAAUUGUAUGUACAGUAAUUUCAAAUUGAUUAUUGAAUAAUGACUGAAUAUUUGUUAAAUGUGUUGCACUACAUUCGAAUUACAAAGCUCAACUAAUGAGGUCCAUUUGCGACAACUUUAUUCAAAUGUGUAACUGUUUCAUUGAACUUGUUCUGUGUGUAAUUUUGUGUUUUUGCUUCUUGUGCCAAGUGUACUGCCUCGUUAUGCAGGUACAGCACAUUUCAAAUUAUGCUGUACCUUUUUUUAACUCUUUUUAUGAAUGUAAAAUAAAUACACUGCAUGGGAAAAAAUG